UUCCAUGUCAGGAAAAAAACUUCAUUUGAUGAAGGCUCAACGAAUGGAUUCUGGGGCCUACAAAUGCAUAGCUAAAAAUGCUGCUGGUUUAGCCGAAGCUAUUAUUAAUGUUCUAGUUCUUGUUCCUCCAAGAAUCGAGGAUCCACAUGGCUAUCGUACUUUAGAAGCACUUGUUAAUGAUAGUGUUCAGAUAGAUUGUAUUGCCAGUGGAGUUCCUACUCCAAAGAUUGAAUGGUCUCAUAACGGGCGAAGUCUCUCAUCUGAAGAUUCCGCUAGCUUAUAUUUCGAAAAUGGAAGAUCUAAACUUCACAUACUUUCAGUGCAACCGAAAAAUGCUGGAAUAUAUUCAUGUACUGCAACAAAUAAAGCUGGAAAUUCUGAUAUGGAUAUUUUUCUUGAUGUAAUUGGUCUGUCAAUACCCAACACAUAUCAUUUAGAAUGUUUCUUAUAUAUAGGACCACCUACAAUUCGAGCACCAGCUACGGAACUAAACGUGGUUGAGGGAUCGGAGCAGCGUUUGGAAUGUGUAGUUGGGGGUCAUCCCUCACCUCGUGUUGAAUGGCGUAAAUCCGGUAGUAGUGAUAACGAUCCUUUAGCUGUUCAACAACAACAGCAGGAUGAAGAUAAACAAACUGAGGAACAUGCCAUUUUCACUGAACACUCAUACUUUCUCCAUAUCCAUGCUGCCGGACAGCAACAUGCCGGUCGUUAUACUUGUAUUGCUAAAAAUAAAGGUGGAGAAGAUCGCCUGGCCAUACAGUUAAAUGUUUUGGUUCCUCCAAGCAUUGAUGAAGGCGAACGCUUGCUUCGCGUAAUCGAAGGGGGUACAGCUUCAUUUGAAUGCCCAGCUAAAGGUUCACCUACUCCAAAAAUUCUCUGGAGAAGGAUGCCACAUGGAACUGUACUGAAUUCAGAAGAUGAGAAUAUACAUCUUGAAGGCAUUGGAGUAAAUCGGAACAUUCUUUUGAUCAAAGCUUUGAAGCCAGAGGAUGCUGGCAGGUAUGUAUGUGAAGCUUCAAAUGAAGCUGGUAAUGCAACUGCUGAAUUUUUGCUGGAGAUAUUGCGCCGUCCAAUUUUGUUUGCCAACCCAUCCAAUUUACUGUUGCGAGUGCUAGAAGGUGCCCAAGCCAAAUUUGAAUGUCAAGCUAAUGGAAAUCCUGAACCCAGUGUUUCCUGGCUUCGUGCAGGUCGCCCAAUUGGUGAAGAAACAACUAGUUCAAAUAAUAAUCUGAUUUUCUCGCCUCGAGGCGAUAGCUUGAUGCUUGUUAAGGCAAGAAGAAGUGACUCUGGUGAAUAUACAUGCCGAUUGAACAAUAGCGUUGGAGAAGCUGAGGCUACAUUUACUCUUACUGUACUUGUUCCACCUCAUAUCAAUGAAACUUUGGAUCAGAAUCCUCGAGCGUUAAGAAACCAAGAAAUUCGACUAAAUUGUCCAGUCAUUGGAUUUCCAACCCCAACAGUCCAAUGGUUAAAAGAUGGAAAGCAAUUACACUUUACUGAACGAAUAAUUCGUGGAAAAAUUUCUGACUAUCAAAACGAUCUUUGGCUAGAGGCUGUAAGUGCGAAUGAUGCAGGCCGAUAUACAUGCCAAGCAGUUAAUGAAGUUGGUCAAUUAAAUACGGAUUUUGAAUUGGAAGUGAUCGCACCGCCAGAAUUUGCCUCUGAAGGCAAACGAAACUUUGAGGUUAUUGAAGGUGAUUCUGUUACUUUGGUCUGUCCGGUGGAAGCGAAUCCAUUCCCAGAAAUCACCUGGUUGCAUGGAACUGAUCCAAUUGACACUAAAAAUGCUUAUUUCUCUGAUGAUAAAAAGAAUCUGACAUUACUUCAUGCUUCAUUAUCAGAUGGAGGAAAAUACAUUUGCAAUGCAACUAAUGAGGCAGGAAAUUCUGAAUUGGAUUUACUGCUUCGCGUUUUUGUCCCUCCUAAAAUUGAUAAAUCAAAUCUCGUAGCAAGCCCUUUAGCAAUUCUUGGAAAGGAUAUGUUUCUGGAGUGUCCUGCUUCUGGCACUCCUCAGCCUUCUGUAUUGUGGCAUAAGGACGAACGGCAAAUUACACAAUUGGCACAAAAAUAUAUACUAAAAGAGAAGAAUCAAACUUUGUCGAUUAAAAACAUUAUCCCCGAGGAUCAGGGUUUGUAUACCUGUACAGUACAAAAUGAGGCUGGUCAACUGCGUGAGGAAUUUAGACUUGAAGUCCUAUUACCCCCAGAAAUGGAAGAGGAAACAGCUAAACCUGGAGAUGGUAGAGUACCUGGACCACCCCUUUCUAAACAGGAGGGGGAACAAUUAGAAUUGGAAUGCCCUUUAAAAAUUAAAUCGGCGUCUUUACUUAAACAAAUCACUGAGUCUUUGACGGAAGAGGAAAUUUGGAGAAGGAUGGAAGAGGAUUUUGAUGAUGGAAGACGACUGAGAAUUGCAUGGUCAAAAGAUGGAAGGCCUUUAGAGCCAGGAUUAAAUGCUAAUAUUGAGAUAAGCGAAUAUCCGGGUAAACGAUUACAGCUUCAUACAACCUCCAUAUCUGACUCAGGCGAAUACAAAUGCAUAGCAUCAAAUAGAGCCGGACAAUCUUAUGUCAAGUUUCUUGUUGAAAUUCUUUGUAUGCUUUUUUAUUUUUGUCACAAAUCUCCCCUUUUUAUUUAA